UUUCUCCCCGGUUGGAUGCUCUCUCAGGAGCACUAAGAAGAGACAAUUCCUGGUUUCCUUAGAGGGCCUUGUUCUCCUUGGCAGAAGCUCAAGUCCUGAUUCCCGCCCUCCCUUCUUGUUUUAGGAAUGUUGUGCUGAGAAGCCACAGAAAAGGGUAUGGGCUUAUUUUGCCAAAGAAAACACAGCAGUUGCGCCCGGUUUUGCAAAAACCUUCAGUGUUUGGGAAUGAUUCUGAUGAUGAUGAUGAGACCUCCGUGAGUGAAAGCCUUCAGAGAGAAGCUGCUAAAAAGCAAGCCAUGAAACAGACCAAACUGGAAAUUCAGAAGGCCCUUGCAGAAGAUUCUACUGUGUAUGAAUAUGACAGUAUUUAUGAUGAAAUGCAGAAAAAAAAGGAGGAAAAUAAUCCCAAAUUGCUUUUGGGAAAAGAUCGGAAGCCAAAAUAUAUUCAUAACUUACUAAAAGCAGUUGAAAUCCGAAAAAAGGAACAGGAAAAAAGAAUGGAAAAGAAAAUACAAAGAGAACGAGAAAUGGAAAAGGGAGAAUUUGAUGAUAAAGAGGCAUUUGUGACAUCUGCUUAUAAAAAAAAAUUGCAAGAGAGAGCUGAAGAGGAAGAAAGAGAAAAGAGGGCUGCUGCACUUGAAGCACGUUUGGAUGUAACCAAACAGAAAGACCUCAGUGGAUUUUAUAGGCACCUAUUAAAUCAAGCAGUUGGAGAAGAGGAAGUACCUAAAUGCAGCUUUCGUGAAGCUAGUUUUGAAAGGACUGGAAUAAAGGAAGAGAAAUCAAGAGGUUACUCUGAUGAAGUAAAUUCAGAGAACAGAGUACUACAGGAGAAAUGCAUUAUCCAAACUGGUGUAAAGAAGGAGGAAAACCCAGAUGCAGACAGUGACUUUGAUACCAAGAGCAGUGAGGAUGAUGAAAUUGAAGAAAACAAAAUGAACUGCCGAAGGCCAAAGGUCACAGAGACUUCUAGGAAUUACUCCAAGCAUCACAGGAAUCAAUCCCACUCACCGUCACCUAGUGAAGAAAGAGGACAUGGUUCCAGACACCACACCAAAAGUUCCAAGUCAAGAGGGCAUGAGAAGAGGGAAGAUCCACACCAAGAGAGGCAGUCCAGAGACCAAGAGAAUUAUUAUACUGACCGUGACCACCAAAAACAAAAGGAUUCUCAUAGGCACAGAGAGGCCAGUCAUAGAGAUUCCCACUGGAAGAGGCAUGAACAAAAAGAUGCAUCAAGGGGAAGAGAUCAGAGAGAAAGAGACGAUAGAGAAUGGAAAAGGGGGAGAGAUAGGGAGAAAUAUUCCUCUAGAGAACAAGAAAGAGAUAAACAACAAAAUGAUCAUGACCGAUACAUUGAGAGAGGAGGAGAGAAGGAAGAGAAAAGCAAAACAAAGAAGGAACACAUGAAAAUAAGGAAGGAAAGAUAUGAAAAUAAUGAUAAGUACAGAGAUAGGGAAAAACAAGAGGUAAGUGUUCAGCCUUCAGAAAGAAAUCGAGACAGACGAGAAGGCAGCCCAAAUUCUAAGGCAAAAGAUGAGUUUCUUGACCAUGAAAGAUUCAGCAAAAUAAGAAACAUGGAAAAGGACAAAGAAAGAAGAAAAGACAAACCUUCUAGUUCUGAAACAUCACUGGGAGCAAAACACAGACUCACAGAGGAAAGGCAAGAACAGGACAACGAACAAGAGAGACCACCUGAGGCAAUGAGCAAGUUUGCAAAGCGGAACAAUGAGGAAACUGUAAUGUCAGCUAGAGACAGGUACUUGGCCAGGCAAAUGGCACGGGUUAAUGCAAAGACCUAUAUUGAAAAAGAAGAUGAUUGAUGGCUGCUCCCAACAGGAAGAUCUGUGGAAGAACAAAACAUUGUAACUCCUGGAAUUUGCCUUGUAAAGGCAUAAAGAAAUAUAUUAGGAGUGGAUUGGGAAGGUAUUUUUAAACAUAAUUCAAAAUUCACUUUUUUAUUUAGGUUUAAAUUAGAAGUAAGUCUUUUUAUCUUGAAUGUUUAGCUGAAUUUAUAUGUAUAUAUUUCCUUGUUAAUAGCACAUUCUUGAUUGUAUGCAAGAACCAUGAGUGUGCGCCAACCCCCCCCCCCCUGUAGGUUCUUAGAGAGGAAAAUUGGCUCUAUAUCAACUAUUAAAAAAUAAACAACUCUCAAAUAAUGUUGCUUUUGUUGCAGGAUAUGUUUUGUUUUAUAAAUAUUGUAUUUCAAAUAAAAAUAUGUGAGUUUGAUAAGUAUAAUAGAGAAAAUUGUGACUUUUUAUGUUCUGAAAUUUGUAAAAAAGUGUAAAAUAUGUAUCAUGCAUCUUGUUUAAGUAACUUCUUGACCUACAACAUACUUGACUAAAUGCAAAUAAAAAUAAUGAUAUGCCUGUA